AUGAAGAUGGACGCAAGCACACAGACUGAAGUUAGGCGAAAGAACUUCGCACAACAAACGGACGGAGGAGAAGGAGAGUGGGUGAAUGAGGAUAAGGAGGUGGAGAUAGUGAGGGAGAUAAAGGGAAGGAAGGAUGAGGCGGACGUCACUAUCAUUGCUGUGUUUUGCCCGAUUGCGUCUAAUAAAAAGACGCGGCAUGUAAAAACACAGACCACGGCAUCAACAAAGGAGAAGGGAAUACAAACGGAAUGGAUUCUCUACGAGAUUGAGAUUGAGGACUCUCGAAAGGCUAGUCGAGAAAAACUCCUCCAGUAUAUCGCCCGCCAACAGAUUUUGUUAAAAACUAGGGAGGAAUUUCAAGUAGUUCCAAUCCUAUCUCCGAUCCGCGAAUAUGCGGACAGAGCGGAGGAAUGGAAGAGUUGGGGAGCAGGAGAGUUUAGGUGGGACGAAGACGAAAAAGAGAACGCACAAAAUAACAACAACAAUCACAUUGACAAGAACAUUGAUGAAAAGAAAAGAACGAAUGAUGACGAGGAGAAGAAACAAACAAAGAGGAUAAAGGAAGAAGCGGAAAGAAAAGACAAGGAGAACAUAGAAAACGAAAAUGACAAUAACGUAAACAAGAGGAAAAAGACGAUUAACGAUCACAGGGAAAAACAAACGAAGAGAAUAAAAAGGGAGGUAGAAAUAGAAAACAAAGGGAACAACGUUGACAACAAUGACGUUAACAAUGAAAAGAAGAGAAAAAGGAAUGACGAUGACGGACAAACAAAUACGAAAAAGAUAAGGAGAGAAAUAAAACAACAAGACCUCAACACAUUAAACGGAACUAACUGGUUGAACGACGAAAUAAUCAACAAUUACUUUGAGUUGGUUAGUAACAAGGAUACGUUCACGAUGAACUCAUUUUUCUUUCCACGACUCCAUGUAAACGGAUAUAACGCCGUUAAACGUUGGACGAAAAAAAUUAACAUCUUUAAGUACCGUAAAGUGAUUGUCCCUAUUCACUUGGGCAAUCAUUGGUGCCUUGCGGUAAUAGAUAUGCUCUUUGGUGAGAUUUGCUAUUAUGAUAGUUUCAAGGGCAGUCAGCCCGCCUACUUGGCAACACUCCUGGAGUAUUUAGUCCAGGAGGCGCAAGAGAAAAACGAGGUUCCUAUCAAUAAAGAGGAAUGGACCCUUGGGAAUAAAACAAACAUUCCCUGUCAGACGAAUGGGUAUGACUGCGGGGUCUUCACGUGUCAGUUCGCCCGUUAUGAAGCAGCAAAUAGAGCAAUCGAUUUCACACAACAGGACAUGCCACAAAUCAGAGCGAAAAUGGCUCGUGAAUUGCAGGCGGGAUGUCUUGAAGAUUAA